CCGAAAUAGUGGUUUAUCGCCAGGUUGCCAGUCUAUCUAUAUCGUGCUGGCGAUGGAAAACGCGCGUCCCACACCCUGCCCAACAUCCGAGCGAUAAGACCGUGAUCGAGGUCGGCGUCACCGGGUUUACGGCGGAGACCGACAGGGCCGAAAGCACUGGUCAGUGUGGUCGGCGCUCCUCGUGUGGUGGAAGGCCGAACGUUGAGUGGUUAAGGUGUAACUAUAUAGUAUCACAGUUACCCUGCUCCUCUUUGCCAUGCCCCAUUCCAUCUUUCUAAUAGCGCAUACUGCGAUAGGCGUCAUGGUAAAUCCUACAGACCCUAAGCUGCAAGGCUUUGAUCUCAUCUCUGCCGCAUACAAAACGGUCGGCGACCAUGCCAUCCGCACAGACAUCCUCGUGCCUCAAGCACCACAUACCGGCAGAAGGCCUACAAUCAUUCGCUUCCAUGGUGGUGGACUAAUGAUCGCCGAUUCCCUCUUCAUGGCCUUUUGGGCACCAUGGUUGUCCGACCUGGCCCUCGAGCACGGCGCCGUGAUCAUCAGUCCUAAUUACCGACUCAUGCCACAAGCGAACGGCCUAGAUAUCCUUGAAGAUAUUGAAGACCUCUGGAAAUGGGUAAACUCUUCAGCCGUGCAAGACCUUCUUGCAGCACACAGCAUCCCAACCGAACUCGACCUCUCCCGCGUCUUAGUAGUAGGAGAGUCGGCGGGCGGACUUCUAACUCUUAACUUCGCGCUCUCGCAUGCAAAUGAAAUUCGCGCUGCUACUGCAUGCUACCCCAUGGCAGACAUCUCCUCCUUUAACAGCCCCGCGGUGGCACCACCAUUCGGACAUCACACACCAGAGUCGAUCGUUAACGAAGCUCUAGCGUCUGAGAGAGGUAAAAAGAUCAUGACAUCGUGGAGCGAGCCCGAGAGUCUCCCAUUUAUGCUCUCAGCGAUCGAGCAUGGUCGUCUGGGUGAAUGGUAUAAGCGGGGCACAGAGGGCAAUCCACGAGCUGCAUUACUAUCGCCAAUGCAGCGACUACAACCAGGUGUUGGAUUCCCACGAGGAGGAAUUGUAUGCAUUCAUGGAAAACAGGAUAGUGUGGUACCCGUAUCGCAAUCCGAGAAUUUCAUCGCUCGGGCGCGGGAGAUCACCCAGGGACAGGCUGUGAAUGAGAGACUGGUGCUGACAGUGCAGGAUGGGGAGCAUGGAUUCGAUGACAUACACUAUGAAACUAAAUGGCUCAAGGACACCUUAACGACGGCAGUUGAGACAUGGCUA